GCAAGCUCCGUGAGUGCCAAGGAGUGAAUUAUGGGCUGGGUAUCCACCAGAGCAUCAUGAAGAUUGACUUUAUUUUUGCCCUCUUGAAGCUCAUGUGCUUUAUGAAUUCAUUCUGUCUUCUGUCUCACUGCCAUCUCCUUCAAUAUUGUCAUCACUUCUAGAAAACAAGAAUUUUAGGCUUGGGCUUUGGCUCUGCCUUUCCUGCCUCCUGGAACACCAGUGUCACCUUUGUGUUCUACCAAAACAAAUCACWACAGGUUAUUCUGCCCUUCAGAGAAGUGCGCCAUCUGGAGAAAUCCCUUCAUAUAUCCCGUACUUCGAGAUAAAAUCCUCUGGUUCCUAAAGGAUAAUUGAGAUCUUUCCUUGGAAGGAGACRUUUUCUCUUGGCCACGUGCACUUGCUGUCUCACUCUCCACUUACUCUCCCACCCUCUAUUACUCUUUCUGCGCUUCUUCUCUUCCUCUUGGAUUUAAUAUUCAGUCUUGACUGCUGGGAUUCUCCUCCCAGUAGUGUGGCUUCUGUUUUUCUCYGAGGGAAGAGCAGAUUCUUGCAACAAUGGGCUUUACUCUGCAUUCUGUCUACUUCACCUUGAAGGUGAGUUUGCUGCUGGGCUCCCUGCUGGGUCUCUGUUUGGGUCUGGAGUUCAUGGGCAUUCCCAACCAGUGGGCCCGCUACCUCCGCUGGGAUGCCAGCACUAGGAGCGAACUCAGCUUCCAGUUCAAGACCAAUGUYUCUGCCGGGCUGCUUCUCUAUUUUGACGAUGGUGGUGUCUGUGACUUCCUCUGUCUGUCCCUUGUUGAUGGGCGCAUCCAGCUGCAGUUCAGCGUGGACUGUGCGGAGACGACAGUUAUCACAGACAAGCAGGUGAACGACAGCAACUGGCACUUCCUGAUGGUCAGCCGCAACCACCUUCGGACGGUGCUGGUGCUGGACGGGGAAGCCAAGCCGGGUGAAGUGCGUCCGCAGCGCCAGUMUAUGAAUAUCGUCAGUGACCUUUUUAUUGGUGGAGUCCCACUGGACAUUCGCCCUGCUGCCUUGACUCUUGAUGGUGUUCUGAGUGAGCCUCCCUUUCAAGGAUUUAUCUUGGAUCUGAAAUAUGGCAAUUCUGAGCCGCAACUCUUGGGCAGUCAAGGGGUCCGACUGGAAAUGGAAGGACUUUGCUCAGAAAACCCCUGUGAAAAUGGUGGCACUUGCUUCCUUCUGGAUGGCGAGCCACACUGUGACUGCUCAGCCACUGGAUAUGCUGGCAAGCUGUGUUCUGAAGCGCGCGAUGAGAACAUGGCCACGUUCCGUGGCUCCGAAUACCUUUGCUAUGACCUGUCACAAAACCCCAUCCAGAGCAGCAGYGAUGAGAUCACCCUGUCCUUCAAGACGUGGCAGCGCAACGGGCUCAUCCUGCACACGGGCAAGUCGGCCGACUACGUCAACCUGGCCCUGAAAGACGGUGCGGUGUCCCUGGUCAUUAACCUGGGGUCCGGGGCCUUUGAGGCCAUUGUGGAGCCCGUCAAUGGCAAGUUCAAUGACAACGCGUGGCACGACGUUAAGGUGACACGCAACCUGCGGCAGGUGACAAUCUCUGUGGAUGGCAUCCUUACCACCACGGGCUACACACAGGAGGACUACACCAUGCUGGGCUCGGAUGACUUCUUUUAUGUGGGAGGGAGCCCCAGCACUGCUGAUUUACCUGGGUCUCCAGUAAGCAAUAACUUCAUGGGCUGCCUCAAAGAGGUUGUUUAUAAGAAUAACGACAUUCGUCUGGAGCUGUCUCGCUUGGCACGGAUUGGUGAUACGAAGAUGAAGAUCUAUGGGGAAGUGAAAUUCAUAUGUGAAAAUGUGGCUACACUGGAYCCCAUCAGCUUUGAGACACCUGAGGCCUAUAUCAGUCUGCCUAAAUGGAAUACCAAAAGGAUGGGCUCCAUCUCCUUUGAUUUCCGAACCACUGAACCCAAUGGACUGAUCCUAUUCACCCACGGCAAGCCUCAGGAGAGGAAAGAUACCAGAAGCCAGAAAAAUACUAAGGUAGACUUCUUUGCAGUUGAGCUUCUAGAUGGAAACCUCUACUUGCUGCUGGACAUGGGCUCKGGGACCAUUAAAGUCAAAGCCACCCAGAAGAAAGCCAAUGAUGGAGAGUGGUAUCAUGUGGAUAUUCAACGAGAUGGAAGAUCGGGUACCAUAUCAGUGAACAGCAGACGCACCCCAUUCACUGCGAGCGGGGAGAGCGAGAUCCUCGAUCUGGAAGGUGACAUGUACCUCGGUGGGCUGCCAGAGAACCGGGCAGGACUGAUCCUUCCCACAGAGCUCUGGACGGCCAUGCUGAACUACGGCUACGUCGGCUGCAUCCGAGACUUGUUCAUYGAUGGACGGAGCAAGAACAUCCGGCAGCUGGCAGAGGCGCAGAACGCUGCCGGGGUCAAAUCCUCCUGCUCCCGCCUCAGCACCAAGCAAUGUGACAGCUACCCGUGUAAGAACAACGCAGUCUGCAAGGACGGCUGGAACCGCUUCAUUUGUGACUGCACUGGCACCGGCUACUGGGGUAGAACCUGUGAGCGAGAGGCCUCUAUCUUGAGCUACGAUGGCAGCAUGUACAUGAAGAUCAUCAUGCCCAUGGUCAUGCACACGGAAGCAGAAGAUGUGUCCUUCCGUUUCAUGUCCCAGCGCGCUUAUGGGCUGCUGAUGGCCACCACCUCCCGAGACUCUGCCGACACUCUGCGCCUGGAGCUGGAUGGAGGCCGUGUCAAACUUAUGGUCAAUUUAGGCAAGGGACCUGAAACUCUUUAUGCUGGGCAGAAACUCAAUGAUAAUGAGUGGCACACGGUCCGGGUGGUUCGGCGAGGAAAGAGCCUCAAGCUGAUGGUGGAUGAUGAUGUUGCUGAGGGCACAAUGGUUGGUGAUCAUACCCGCUUGGAGUUCCACAACAUUGAGACAGGGAUCAUGACAGAGAAACGGUACAUCUCUGUCAUCCCCUCCAGCUUCAUCGGCCAUCUCCAGAGCCUCAUGUUCAACGGGAUGCUCUACAUUGACCUGUGCAAAAAUGGUGACAUUGACUAUUGCGAGCUGAAGGCGCGCUUUGGUCUCCGCAACAUUAUAGCUGACCCUGUGACAUUCAAGACUAAGAGCAGCUACUUGAGCUUGGCCACCUUGCAGGCUUACACAUCCAUGCACCUCUUCUUUCAGUUCAAGACCACCUCAGCUGAUGGUUUCAUCCUCUUUAACAGUGGUGAUGGCAAUGACUUUAUUGCAGUUGAACUGGUCAAGGGGUAUAUACACUAUGUGUUUGACCUUGGAAAUGGACCUAAUGUUAUCAAAGGCAACAGUGAUCGUCCUCUCAAUGAUAACCAAUGGCACAAUGUUGUCAUUACCAGAGAUAACAGUAACACACACAGCCUAAAAGUUGACACUAAGGUGGUAACUCAGGUCAUCAAUGGUGCCAAAAAUCUGGAUCUGAAAGGUGAUCUCUACAUUGCUGGCCUAGCUCAAGGCAUGUAUAGCAACCUCCCAAAGCUUGUGGCUUCACGUGAUGGAUUUCAGGGCUGUCUGGCAUCUGUGGACUUGAAUGGGCGUCUGCCUGACCUUAUCAACGAUGCUCUGCACCGCAGUGGGCAGAUUGAGCGUGGAUGUGAAGGACCAAGCACUACCUGCCAGGAAGAUUCCUGUGCCAACCAGGGCAUCUGUAAUCAGCAGUGGGAAGGCUUCACCUGUGAUUGCUCCAUGACUUCGUAUUCUGGGAGCCAGUGUAAUGAUCCUGGUGCCACAUAUAUUUUUGGGAAGAGUGGAGGUCUCAUCCUGUACACCUGGCCAGCUAAYGACAGACCAAGCACAAGGACAGACCGUCUUGCUGUGGGCUUCAGCACAACAGUGAAGGAUGGCAUUCUUGUCCGGAUUGAUAGUGCCCCUGGGCUUGGUGAUUUUCUGCAGCUGCACAUAGAGCAAGGCAAGAUCGGUGUAGUCUUCAAUAUUGGCACAGUGGACAUCUCCAUUAAAGAGGAAAGCACACCUGUAAAUGAUGGCAAAUACCAUGUAGUACGCUUUACCAGGAAUGGUGGCAAUGCAACACUUCAGGUUGACAGCUGGCCAGUGAAUGAACACUACCCCACAGGCAACACUGAUAGUGAACGGUUCCAAAUGGUAAAACAGAAAAUCCCCUUCAAAUAUAACCGGCCUGUAGAGGAGUGGCUGCAGGAAAAAGGACGACAGUUAACGAUCUUCAACACCCAGGCGCAAAUWGCCAUAGGAGGGAAGGACAGAGGGCGUCUCUUCCAAGGCCAGCUCUCCGGUCUCUAUUACAAUGGCCUGAAAGUGCUGAACAUGGCGGCRGAGAACAACCCCAACAUUAAAAUCAAUGGAAGUGUCCGACUCGUUGGGGAAGUCCCUUCCAUCUUGGGAACAACACCCACAACAUCUGUGCCACCGGAAAUGUCGACGACAGUCAUGGAAACCACAACCACGAUGGCGACCACUACGACCCGAAAAAAUCGUUCACCGCCCAGCAUCCAGACAACAGACGAUAUCGUUUCAUCAGCUGAAUGUUCCAGUGAUGAUGAAGAUUUCAUUGACUGUGAACCUAGUACAGCAAACCCCACGGAGCCAGGAAUCAGACGGGUUCCGGGGGCCUCAGAGGUGGUCCGUGAGUCGAGCAGCACAACGGGGAUGGUCGUCGGCAUUGUGGCUGCUGCCGCCCUCUGCAUCCUCAUCCUCCUGUAUGCCAUGUACAAGUACAGGAACAGGGACGAGGGGUCCUAUCAGGUGGACGAGACGCGGAACUACAUCAGCAACUCAGCCCAGAGCAACGGCACGCUCGUGAAGGAGAAGCAGCAGAGCUCAAAGAGCGGCCACAAGAAGCAGAAAAACAAGGACAAAGAGUAUUAUGUGUAAAAAAGAAUACUUAUUUAUAUAUAAAUAUAUAAAUACUUAAUGAGAUUUAACUGAGAUAUCAAAACCAUUGCAGCGAACGAGAUGAUUGGGAGAUAUCGUUUGUGGGAAAAAGUAUUGGGAAAAAAUUUCAGCAGUGACUGUUAAUGUCUAAGUCAUCACUUGGAAUCAGCAAACUUUGCCCUAAUGUAUUAUAAAGCACACUUAGCGUUCUGGAGAUGGCGCGCACAGCUCUGCUCUGUUAGUGAACUUGGACAUCUCCAAAUCUCCUCCUCCGCUGAACUUUCUGCAAAGGUAGAAGACUUCAUGGCUUACUUGUUUCAUAUCUCCAAGUGAGUCUUUAACAAUGUUCGUGAUCCCUGACUGUAUCGAUAAUUU